AUGAGGCGGCUGCUCGUGCCGACCGUCCUCAUCGUUGCCGCCGAAUCGCUCACCGAGGCGUCACAGAUCGCCACUGGCCCCGGUGCUGGCACUGGCACGACCGUGGCGGCGCUUGUCGCCUCGCUGGGCGCACUAAUAGCGCUCAACAUUGCGCAAAACGGCGGCACCUCCCAUCCUCCGCCUUCCUGCUCUGAUGCCGCCGGCCUGCUUGCGCUGACGUCCAAGGCGGAUGCCGUGGCGCUGUGGCGGGCCUCGCCCGCUCCCACGAUCGGCGGGUGGAGCGGCGAGUGGGAGGGGAGGCUGCUCCCGCUCGGUGUGCUGGCGCCCGUGUCUGCACUCAUAACGCACAACCUAUUCGGGCCCGCCUCGCGGUGGUCUGGCAAAGCCUUCAGCGCGGACGGCGGCAGCGGGGCCAACCUCUUUGAGCGCGGACCUCCGAGGCGCGCCUUCCGCGCAUCCGUCGCGCCGUCCACGCUCGACGGGAGGCCCGUGCUGAGCCUCGACUACGCCGCGGCGGGGGAGCCGCUGUGGGGCACAGUCCUCGGCAUGCGCGACGAGCUGCGAGAGGUGGCGCCCGGCGUGCUGCUCGGCCUGGGCGGGAUGCGAGCGUCGGGAGGCGUGCGCAACGCUGCGCCGUUUGUCCUUGUGCGCAAGACGGCGUGA